AAUCAAUUUAAUAAAAACAAAAUAAAAAAAGAAAAAGAAAAAGAAAAAAGAAAAAGAAAAAUCUCAUUCUGUCUCUGGUCAUCUCUCCCGGCAUACGCCGCCCACAGCCAAAGCCACACGGCCGGCAACGACGAUUCUCUCCUCUGUUUCUCUCGACGUAUCAUUUUCGCAUUUUCCUUGAUGCCCACCAAGUGGAAAGCAGAAUAUCAGAGGAAUCCGUUGUGGUUUUUUUACGAAUCCGGAAUAAGCAGAGAAGGAGAAUCCGUGAUCUCAUAAGACAUGAAUUCCAGAAGGGAUCACCGAGGCAAUAGGGCCGCCACUUUUGAUGGCAUUGAGGAGGGUGGUAUCAGGGCCUCGUCUUCCUACUCCCAUGAAAUUGAUGAAGUUGAUAAUGAAACUGCAGUGGAUGGACUGGAAGAUAGAGUUGUUAUGCUGAAGCGAUUGACGGGUGAUAUACAUGAAGAGGUAGAGAGCCACAAUCGCAUGCUUGAUCGUGUGGGGAAUGAGAUGGAUGCAUCAAGGGGAAUCCUCUCAGGAACCAUGGAACGGUUCAAGAUGGUGUUUGAGACCAAAUCAAGCCGGAGGAUGUUUACGCUUAUUGCAUCGUUUGUGGUCAUUUUCCUAGUCAUAUACUACCUGACUAGGUAAAUGAUACACUAUGGAGGGUGUGUUAAAAGCAGCUAAGUUUUAUGUUAGAACUGGAAAACCUCUUUUAAUUCUGUUAGUUUCUUCUGUUUAUAAGAUACUGGGACCUGUGAGGUUGUGUAAAAAGAUCUUUCGAUGUGUUGGAUGGUCAAUGCAUGGAGCAGGGUAAGUAGUUGGUAUGCCAUUUGCAGCAUACCAGCAAGCAUUACAGUAAAUCUCCACGCCCCUGAAUUUGGGUCACUCCUUUCCAGCCAGUUUAAUUUGUUUGGGAUGAGGAGGGGUGUGGCGGCCUGAGCUUGGUGAGCCUUGUGAGCCACAAUCCCUGCUUUAUUUUGGCUGAGAAAAACAGGUAUUGAAGAUAAAAGAAUAACAGAAAACUUGUUUAUUAGUUUA